AUGUCUGGACUAUUUACAUUGAGCAUUGGGGCUAUUUUUAAAGUAGAGAAGUUAAGCAUGGUUAAAGUGCUUGCUGUCUGUCUAAGUUUUGUUGGUGUUGUGUUUGUCUCUUAUUCAGACCAACUUGUAAAGCAUGAUGGCUUGGAUAUACCCAAGCCUUUAAUUGGAGAUGUAUUGGCAUUAUGCGGUGCUCUAUUCUAUGGCUGUUAUACUACUCUUUUAAAACUGAAGAUAGGUGAUGAAUCCCGGAUCGAUAUGCCCUUGUUUUUCGGGUUUGUAGGUACCUUUAAUGUGUUACUGAUGUGGCCUAUAUUCUUCUUUUUGCAUUUCAUGGGCAUUGAAAGAUUUGAAUUGCCUUUCUCACCAUCUCUCUGGCUUAUGGUGAUCCUAAAUGCUUUUGUUGGCACUUUUUUAUCGGACUAUCUCUGGCUUCUUGCUAUGUUAAUGACUACACCACUUGUCGUUACUUUGGGCAUUUCAAUGACAAUUCCAUUGGCUCUUGUGGGAGAUGUAGUCUUUAAACAUUUUGUGCCUGGAGUUCAGUAUGCAAUAGGUGCCAUACUGGUUGUUGCAGGAUUUUUUGUUGUCAAUAUAGCAACAUUAUCUGAUAUUGAAGGAAACACUUCCAUGGAUCAAGAUGAUUUCUUAGAAGAUGACCACCUAAACAACCAACGUAGAAUGGCCCGCGCCUUGAGCAUAUCAGAGCCUAAUCUUGAUAGAAGGGCCAGCCAUGCAUCAGUUCUUAGUGCAUAUCCAUAA